AUGGAGUUGCUGCUGCAAAUGGAGGUGCCUAGAAAGCCUCCUUCUCAGAAAAGAGCUUCUGUGAAGCCAAUCAAACCUGAAGCUGUGAUUGUAAUCAGCCCUGACACUAAAGAAGAGGCAAAGGAAAAGAACAGCCUCUGCAGAAAGGCAGCAGCUGAAGAUUCAUCUAGAAAGACUUAUGAGUGUAAUGGUGAUAUGCAUGUAGGAUCUUUAAGUUUUUCCAGAAGGAUGAAUAGUUCUGCCAAUCUUGCUGCAGAGACUCCAGCACCCUCAAUAAAUAGACAGGGUUCUUGGAAUCAACUUUCAGAUCAGAGGAAAAUGCAAGCUAAGAGUUCCCAGCCUCCUAUUAGGAAGCCUGCCUUGAUUGGACAAAUGAGAAGUUGUGGCAUCAGUCAGGCUGCUUGUGGACUGAACAUUAAAUUACCAAAGGAGAAGAUUGAAGAUUUUGAUGCUGGAUAUGUGAAGAAUGAGUGGGCAGUUGUGGAGUAUGCAGAAAACAUUUACAAGUUUGGCUACAAGGAAGCUGAGGUAACAUCUUCUAUCAUUUAUACUCUUUAA